AUGUCGCAGCCAGACGACUCCGUCAGGUCCCCCACGACGGCGGUGCCCAAGGACAGGAGACUCUCGACCGUCUCCGACUCCGACUCGGAUAAGGACAAUGUAACGACCCCCCAACAGGAUGCCUUCGAAGACGCCGUUGUCGAUGUCGCCGAGGUAGCUGAGGUUGCUGAGGUGCGCUCCCUUACCACGAGGACGCCCUCGGUCUCGAAAGCACCGCCCACCGAACCCCCCACGGAGCCAGAGCCCCCGAAAAAGGAGGCGAAAGAGGACAGCGAUGUCGACGACGACGCCCCUCCAACGCCCCCCAAAGACGAGCCCGCUGUCACCGAAAACCAGAAGACCGACGACGAGGAAAACGAGAUCAAGCGAAAGCCAUCCCCCGUGUCGCACCGACUUUCUGAUACCUCGAAUUUGGACAAUGUUAGUCUCGACGACAAUCACCACUCAGCCGCCCCACAAGACCCAGAGCCGAAAGCCAGCGACCCUGUCCCCCCAAAGGUGCCAACCAAGAAAAUAUCAAUAAGCAGCAUCACUGGUGCCCUCCCGUCUUUGCCAUGGUCGCCUCCCGCAGAGCCUGCCAAAUCACCCGUCGCACCUGCAGCACCCCUGCCGCAAGCUGCCCCAGCUCCUCCUCCCGUCCCCGUUUCCCACCCAGGGCCUCCGACAAGGAAGCUCACCAGCCCCUUCUCCUGGUUGUCACGAAACAGCGGUAGCAAGGAGAAGGAAACGUCUCCACCGCCUGCAUCCUCCCCUCGACGAAAUACUGCCAGCUCCAUCGCCACAUUGACCAGUAACCCUGAGAUGAUGCUCAGCAGGCUAGACGAAGAGAAGGAAGGCGACCACGGUGUGCCUCGACACAGCUUGAAGGAUCGCUUCAAGAUGGUUCGGAUGAGGGAAGAGGCUGGAAUCACGCUCGACGACGACAAGACGCCGAUCCCGCCGCCCAAGGGUCUGGGACUGUCUACUCCUCCAGCUCAGCAAAAUGGAGAUAAGGAACUCGGGGCGGAACCGCCCAAGUCGCCCCUUCCCACAACGCCAAACCCGGCAUUAGCACCAGGGACGGUAUCUGGUGUAUCGGCUGGUCCAUCAGACAUGCCCGAUGCCCAAGUGGACUGGGACUUGUGGCAGUCCGUAGUCUACGAAGGUCCGGCGGUCGUGGCCCGUACCAGUGCCGAGGAGCUGAACAGAGCGAUCGCCACCGGCAUUCCCAGCGCUAUCCGCGGUGUUAUCUGGCAAGUCUUGGCGCAGAGCAACAGCGAGGAGUUGGAGAUGAUGUACAGAGAUCUCAUUACACGAGGCACCGACAAGGAAAAGAACAGGAACAGCAACAGCACCCUCAGCUCCGGUAGCAACGGCAACCUCAGCAUACACCAUGAGGCGGUCAACUCUUCUGCUUCGUCCAUCCACUCGGAGCACUCGGCGGUCAACGGCAACGGUACCACUUCGCCGAACGAGAAGAGCGCCGAAGCUGUGCAGAAGGCUCAACAGGCAGCUGCUGCAGCAAGGCAGAAGAAGCAAAAGGAGGAUGCGGCCAUGAUUCAAAAAUUGGAAAAGACUAUUCGCCGGGAUAUGGGUGCGAGAACGAGCUUCUCCAAGUACGCUGCCGCUGCCGGGCUUCAGGAGGGUCUAUUCGGCGUGUGUAAGGCGUACGCUCUGUACGACGAGGCAGUCGGGUACGCCCAAGGCAUGAACUUCCUGAUCAUGCCCCUACUGUUCAACAUGACCGAGGAGGAGGCCUUCUGCCUGUUGGUCAAGUUGAUGAAUCACUACCAACUGCGGGAUCUGUUCGUACAGGACAUGCCCGGUCUGCAUAAGAACCUAUACAUCUUCGAGCGUCUUCUCGAGGACUUUGAGCCCGCUCUGUACUGCCAUCUCCGCCGUCGCAGCAUCUCGCCUCACCUCUACGCUACCCAGUGGUUCUUGACGCUCUUCGCCUACCGCUUCCCCCUGCAAUUGGUGCUACGCAUCUACGACUUGAUUUUCUCGGAAGGACUAUCGGCCAUUCUACGAUUCGGCAUCGUGCUGAUGCAAAAGAACGCCGCCAAUCUCCUCGCAAUUUCAGAUAUGCAGCAACUCACCGUCUUCCUUAAGGACAAGCUCUUCGAUGCCUACAUCGACACAGCGCCAAGUGCAGGCAGCAUCUUGGAGAACGGUUUCUUCGGAAGCUCCAGUGCGAGCCAGGACAAGGAAGUCUACCGGGCCGACCAACUUGUGAGGGACGCUUGCGACGUCAAGAUCACUCCUGAGAUCCUUAAGGCCUACACUCUUGAGUGGGAGGAGAAGACAAGGACGGAGAAGGAGCGCGAGGCCGAGCUCGAGGGGUUGCGAACCGCCAACAUCAACUUCGCCGUUAAAGUGCGUAAGCUCGAGGAGCGUGUCGAGGCAUACGAUAGUGAACAGGCGGCACUCGCAACGGAGCUGGUGCACACCAAGGUCGAGAACGAGGAACUCAAGGACGAGAAUGAGAGUCUCAAGGGCCAAGUUCGCGAGUUGCGCAAUGUCAUCGAGAAGCAGCCCGAGGAGCUCGAGAAUGCUUGGAAGGCCGAGCGCGACAAUCUCAUGCAGCGCAACCAGAACGUUCACGAUGAGAACCAAAAGUUGGAGAAGGAAUUGGCGGAACUCGAGGAGGAGCUUGUGCAGACGAAGAUGCAGUACGCUGAGAUCAACUCUCAACACGAGACCCUCACACGAAAGUGGACGGACCUCAAGCGACAGUUUACUUAG